AUGCUCAAUGUCAAGAAAGCUAACCUACUCAAAGACCAAGUUGGUACUGGUAGUGCUGAUACUAAGAUUUGGAAGAGGGCCGUUGACCUAUAUAGUAAAGCCAACUUACUAGCCACUGAACCUAAACUAUCUAGUAAUAAUGAACUUAAAGGACUUGUCGAAGCACUUGCUACUGCUGUAGGAGCCAGUGAACAUGUUGAAGGUCUCCAAAAGGCUCUUAAAGCACUUAAAGAUGCUACUGAAAGUGAUAAUGCUGAUCUUGUUAAAAAGGCUGAAGAAGUAGUCAGUAAGUACGACGCCGUCAAAGAUGCCUACGAUAAAGUUAAAGCAAAAGAAACUCAAUAUAAAAGUACUCUUAAUGGUAGUGAAGAAAGUAAAUAUACCGAAGUUGAAACUAAAUUCGAUGGACUUAAAACUGCAUACAAUAAUGCUCAGUGUAAGACUAUAAGUCUUAUUCUUGACAAGGAGAUGAUUAGAUAUUGUUCCAUAUCACUUUAUACUUAUCCCUACCAUAAUCCUAACCUGAAUCUCCUUAAACAUUUUCUAUACUAA